GAUGUCGUCCAGGCGUACAGAUCACUCUUCCGCACCUUCUACAACUUCCCACCUCAGCUUUCAACGACGAACGUCAAACGCGCACUUGGACAGUGCGAAAUCCUAAUCAAAGUCGCAAAGGAGUACGGCUCUCUUGAGCUCAUCCGGCCACACCUGGGCAAUCUUCUCUCCCAAUUCCGGGAAGCCCUCUUCGUGUCCAUCAAGAAUGACCCGGCACGCUGGCUACGCGUCUCGGUCGACCUCGAGUCACCAUCCAUCUACACAGAAGCGUUGAUCCAUCUGGUCGGAUCGUACCCGGCCUGGCCAUGGGCGACACCGAAGAGCGAAAUCCCAGGCGGCAUCCACAAGCUGAUCAAGACCAAAGCCCAGCACCUUGUAAAGCUCAGCGCGUUGGUUGAGCGCGAUCUCUUCCUUAACUCUAUCGAAGGCGCCGACGGCAAAUACGUCACGAUGGAAAGCGACUUCGAGGCUUGGAUGCCGGCGCAGAUGUUCCGCGACUGGUUCUGCAGAGAGGUACGCGCGGCCGCGUUCAAGAACUCCGACGCGCCGAACCCGAUGCGCAUUGGUGCACUCUACCGCAGGAUUAGGAAGGGAGGCGACGCGUACCUGCCGUUCGAUGAGGUGCUGAAAACGCUCAUGUUGCGCGUGCGGAACAAGACGGACUCGUGGACGGAGCUUGCGGACGAUCUCAAGAUGCUCAAGGAGUAUGCGACGAAGACGGUGGAGGAUAUCACGAAGAACAAGCUCUUGCUGGAUCUGGAAGCGAACACGAUUGGCUAUCUUACCUGUGUGGAUGUCACGCCGGCUGAUUAUCCCUGG